GAUAUGACCUUCCGGCAUCGUCCUCUCCAUUACAAGGAGGUUGAUUUGGAUCUGGCAAUAUAGCAAUCACAAAUCGUCUUGAAACAGGUACCCGGUUCCUGACAUCGCCUGCCGUCAUCAGCUACUGCGCCCAAGAGGCUCGCGCGGGAGGAUGGUGAGCCUCGAUGAUAUCCGCGACCAUGUGGCAUCCCUGUUCAUCAUGCUGAACAAGCAUACAGUUAUCUUGUUUCGCAUCGAGUUCCUGGUGGUCCUGGUCACACUAUUCUUCUUCGCCAUGUUCGUGAUGGACUUCUAUCGCCGCAUCAUCCACAACUCGUUCAUGAGGGCCAUCUUCAGCGUCUUCGACGCCGUCUCCGACUCCAUCGUCGUCUACCUCCUGGGGGCGAUGCAAUCGGCGCCUUUCAACAAUCAGCUGUUCCCAGUCUGGGCUCUUGUGCUCGUCAAUCUCCGUCACAGUGCAGACUACAUCUCCGGCUAUGGUGUCCCUGACCGCCGUGGGCGCAGGUUCACUGAAGUGAGGAACGUGGUCAAGCUCCUGGGAUCCGCAUUCUUGAAUUGGACGCGUGGAUCCAGUUUCGUGGGUACACUGUGGGUGCUCUGGAUUCUGCAGAUUUUGAGGUGCGAAUACAGAUUUCUUUCGCAUAUUCUGGCGUCCAGGGCCCUCUGGCAUGGUCGGAGUUCGGAGCUUGUUGCAGAGCACAUGCGUGGCAUGCAUGAGGAUGAUGACCAAAUAAUGAGCAGCAUCAGAGAAGAAUGCGACCCAGUGACGAUGAAAGGCUAUAGGUACUUGGUCUAUGGAGAAACAAAGCAGCAGAAAGGAGUUCUCAAGCUAGGAGUAGGAGGCUUCAAACUAAAGAAGCCUCAGUACGCACUGUGUCUGUGUACCGACCAGGAUCAGCAGCAGGAUGCUAGCAAGAACACUAGUAGUACUAGAAACAGCAGGCCCAGAAAGACAAGGGAAGCUACUAACAAUAACAAAUGGUGGUGCUAUAACAGUGCCAGGCCCCAAGAGAAGAAGAGGACGAAGAAGAAGAAGCCUCCGCCUCCACUGAUCACGCUGGACAAGGUCUGGGACUGCACCUGCACCCCCAUUCAUCAGCAGGGUAAGUUUCUGAAGGAUCUCCCGCUGGCCUUCGCCUUGUCCAGGCUGCUGCGGUGCAGGUUGGAGGAUGUGGCGCUGCAGCGAUGUAUAUUUGACACAAACCGAGAUCUCGUCAAGAGCAUUGUUGGUGAGAAGGUGGGUGCCAGUGAUGCCCUCAGGAUCAUGGAGCUGCAGCUUGCCUUCGUCCAUGACUAUUUCAACACCCGCUACCCCAUGGUGUUCUGGUGUGGGCUCCCAUCCCUCUUGCUGAGCCUGCUUCUGUCCGUGCUAACCAUGGGUGCUGUCGUCUGGCUUGGCGUGGACAUCCGUAAGGCCUAUAAACCUGCCAGCGGCGAGCUCGCCAACCUGGUGAAAGGUCGUAAUGUCGAUAUGAUCAUCACAUGGGUAUUCCUUGGCUUGAUGAUUGUCAAGGAGAUGUGGGAGAUACUCACCUACUUACGUUCAGACUGGACAAGCUUAAUCAAGGCAUGCGAGUAUGUGCAGCGCAGGUGCGAUAGGAGCAAAGAAUCCAAAGAUACAUGGAUGUACUGCGUUCUGCAAUACAUUUCCAGAUCUAAGAUUACUGGCAGGAGGUGGCAUGGAUUCAUCGACCAGUAUGUCUUCGUGGAGUCGUACGAUGACAGACCAAGGUUUUGGAAUCUCAUUCACAACCUGACCACAGGAAUAGUUGCAAAGAAGGAUGAUGGCGCAAAGCUCAGCACCCCCGUCGAAGUUACGGACUAUGUCAGGCAGGCAGUCUUGGAGAAGCUCAGAAAACUAUUAGUUGACGAUGGUUAUGGACCACAAGCCGGUUGUAGACUGCCCGAGUUCAUCAAGACAUUGUCCAACAGCAACCUUAGCGAGGAGUUGCAGAGCUACCAGGCUUACACUACACAACCCAGCAGCAGCAGCACUCCGAGUACGAGUACAAGCACUGGAAUCGUUCUACCCACAAGCUCUCACGUCAUUCUCGUGUGGCACAUUGCGACCAGCCUCUGUGAGAUGGAGCUGGCAACAGAACACGGUGUCGACUUGGGCAACCCUGGGUUUCCAUGCUCCCUCUUGUCUUGGUUCUCUUCUUUCUGCUCAUCCAAGCCGUAUCUUAUGGACGUGGAUGAUAAGAAAGGUUGCAGCAGCAGCAGCAGCAGCAGCAGGAGGAGCUUGUCAUGGUUUGCAAAUUAUUGUUGCUCAUCCAAAUCAAACGACAACACGGAAGAGAGCAAGAAGGUGCCUAAGAAUCUGCGGGAAACAUACAUGAUUGCAAAUAGCUUGUCGCGGUACUGCGCAUACCUGCUGGUUUCAAAGCCUGAUCUGAUCCCUGAUAGCUUCCUUGUUCCCAAGAUAGUCUUCAAGAAAACCGUGGCCAGUGCUCGUUGUGGCAUUUUGAAAGGCUGUGCUUCACUAGAGGAAAGGUACAGAGCUCUCAAGGACGAAGCAAAGAAACCUAUCAAAGACAGUGAACGAGAGGAUGUAUUGAAACAAGGUGUCGCGCUGGGCAAGGAGCUGCUGAAGCACCAAGGCCGCUGGGAGAUCCUCGCAGGCGUUUGGACAGAGUUGCUGAUACACACCGCGCCUACGUGGAAUGCACAGGCACACAGGAAGUGCCUAUCUUCAGGGGAGUUCAUAACCCACAUCUGGUCGUUGCUUUGGCACUAUGGCAUCCAGAAGAGCAGCUUGUGGCCAGAGGAUAUUGGGCCUGGAAACAGUGGUCCACAGCCACAGAGUGAUGGGACUGCUGGGGUCGAUAGAAGGCAAACGGGAGGAGAUAUGAGGGAGAUAGACAUAGAACACAUUGGAAUUAACAUUGAUCAAACAAAUGACGACAAGGGAACCAAAGAGCUUGAGGCAGCAGCAGGCGACUCGAGUACAGGUGUUGGACAACUGAGAAUGGAGGGAACUGGGAGUUUGGAAAUUGUUGAAGAGAUCUCAGAGGAUGAGAUAGUGCACAUCACAAAUGUCAUGUCAUCCCCAGAGAGUCAUGCAUCAUGGCUGGGCAAGUCCGAAACGAGCGGCAGUGAAUUGAACAAGGUGGAAGAAUUUGUUCCAGAUAUAAGCACCGCAAAGUGACCGCAAGGGCAUUGCAUGUAGGCGGCCAUAAGUUCCGCAGCACAAUUUCGUGCGUGUGCUCAGGAUUUGUUGAUCUUCAUUUUGUGGGGACGGACUUGAGAUUGGUUAUUUGGACGUUUUUUUCCCGAAAGGCGGCAAAGAAGUUUGCCGGAUUUUUAUUAGACGGACAAAAAGAAAUGUGUGCCUUUAAUUAAGUUUUUCCUUUCAUUAUUACGGGUUUGUACUCCCAUCUCAUUUGGGAUGGUGGGAGAGUAGACUCUUCUGCAAUUUAUUUUUACCUUAUUAUUAUUGUUCUGUACUUGUACUGUACUGUACAGUAAAUGAGGUUGUAU